AGCUUCUCUGAUGACAUUAUUGGUUUAAUAGGCUCCUAUAAGGCAGCAGGACACUGAGCCACCCAGCCGCUCUCCAGCUACAGCGUAUUCUCGCUCAACUGGCACGUGACCCGAAAUCGGCGACAGGCUGACGUCAUCCAAUGCGACGCCUCCUGAAGCUACACUGCCACCGUCUCGCUUUGUGAAACACUACACUGACGCAAGGCUGUUGUUGAUUGAGGCAGAAGUGUGAUCGAGUUCAGAAAGAAUCUCACCGGCAAGACGCAGGCAAGAGAGAAAAACCUGCCAUUUACUGUAACAUUUAAAUGGAUGUGAAAGAGGAAACGUGUGAGGCUGACCUGAAUAUCAUUGAGGAGAGGACCAUAAAUGUUAAGGAGGAGGACUGUGAGUGGGAGAGUGUCCACCCCAAACAGGAGAGUCUGGACAUUAAGGAACAGGACAGUGAAUUGGGGUCAGUGUGUAUUAAAAUGGAGGAUACAGAGGAGUGUGUCAGCACUGAGGUGGCCACCUAUAGGAGUAUGGAAAGUGUCAAGGAAGAUGACCUUCAUUAUGGAGAUCAAGAUAGAGCAGUGACCCAAUUAGUCUGUUCUCAUAGCAGACACUCUUCAUCUCCGGAGUCUUCUAUCAAUGUAAAAUAUGAAUCAUUACAGUCUGACAGAAAGACGAUUGAAAACAUUUUAUCUUCUAGAACUGAGGAAGGUCAACCACCACCUAAGACGUCAUCUAAAACAAGUAUCAAACUUCACUGCUGUUCUGAAUGUGGCAAAGAGUUUUCAGACAUGAGUAAUCUUCAGAGCCACCAACGAAUUCACACAGGAGAGAAAACGUACUGCUGUUCUGAAUGUGGUAAACAAUUCCCACGAUGUAGUACUCUUCUGAGGCACAUUAAAACUCACUCAGGAGAGAAGCCAUAUUGCUGUUCUGAAUGUGGCAAGCAAUUUUCAAGAAGAAAUAACCUUUCGAUUCAUGAAAGAAUUCACACUGGAGAGAAGCCAUAUUGCUGCCCUGAAUGUGGAAAACAAUUCUCUUACAAUAGUAAUCUUCAGGUACACAUUAAAACUCACUCAGGAGAGAAGCCAUACUGUUGUUCUGAAUGUGGUAAACAAUUCCCGCGAUGUAAUGCUCUUCUGAGGCACAUUAAAACUCACUCAGGAGAGAAGCCAUAUUGCUGUUCUGAAUGUGGCAAGCAAUUUUCAAGAAGAAAUAACCUUUUGAUUCAUGAAAGAAUUCACACAGGAGAGAAGCCAUAUUGCUGUACUGAAUGUGGAAAACAAUUCUCUUACAGUAGUAAUCUUCAGGUACACAUUAAAACUCACACAGGAGAGAAGCCAUACUGUUGUUCUGAAUGUAGCAAAAAGUUUACACGGAGAAGCCAACUUCAGAUCCACCAAAGAAUUCACACAGGAUAGAAGCCAUAUCCCUGUUCUGAAUGUGGCAAACAGUUUUUACUAAGAAGCCACCUUUUGACUCACAAAGGAAUACACACUGGGGAGAAGCAGUUUGGCUGUAAUAAAUGUGGCAAACACUUUUUAAAAAGACAUACUCUUCAGAUCCACCAAAGAAUUCACACAGAAGAAGCCAAAUUGCAGUCCUGAAAAUGGAAAGCAAUUCUGUGAGAGUAAUAAACUUAAGAUACAGAUUAAAACUCACACAGGAAAGAAGCCAUAUUGCAGUUCUGAAUGUGGCAAACCAGUUUUAUGUAGAUACCAUCUUGAGCACCACAAGAGAGAAAUGUGUUUGAAUUAGACAAACACAACAAAGUAGUAGUCAUUAAUGGAAAUUUUAAAUCAUCCUUUUUGAAGAUUAUCCAAGAUUGACCAAGAGGAGACCCAAUUAAUAGUUGGGAAUUAAUGAUGGUGUAAAUGUAAACCAUAAAAAGCAGAGAUUGAAGAUCAGCAGUGAAUACACAAAAAGGGUAAAAUUAUCCUCAAACGUUCCUUGAUGGUGAGGAACAAGAUACAAACAGUUAAUAAGCUAGUAAAACACGUCAUCUCAUACACCUUUUGGAUCAUAGACUGGCCACAGAAAGACCUCAACAGUCUGGAUGUAGAAACAAGUUGCUUCAUGCCAACCAACUAAUGUACAAAAAACAAUGCAUGCCAAGGCUUUAUGUUCCUAGGGCUGAUGGAGCACUAACUCUGACAGAAGUAGAUUACACACACAAUCUUCAAACCUAGGACUGCCAGCAUUCCUUCUCAGUUCACAGGAUUUUCACAUUUGUAAAAUACUACAACCUGAACUGGAAAGCAAUCCAUAAAACUGAGGGUUUGCACAGAAACAGGAGACACAAUUUUGUGAAAAAGAAUUAAAACUGAUAAUAAGAAGGUAGACCCAGAAAGGAGAAAAAAACAAAAAAACAACUGGAGUGGCCACAAAUCCAGUAGGAAAUACACAGAUCUCCGACGAUAAGUGAAUGUGGACCAAAACCUGACACAUGAAUGGCUCAGGAGAGGAGAAAUGAGAUGCUUGCAAAUGGCUACUGAAGAUUGUGGAUUACAUACAAGGUUGUUUGCAGCAUGUUUUGAGAGAAAUGGAAAAAGGAACCAUUAUAGGUUUUGCAACAAACCAGUGGAAACAGUACUGGACCUUACUUAUAGGAUUUAAAAUACUCCUGUCUUAAAACCUAUUCAUGGAAAGACACAACAAAGUAGUCCAGCUGCUUUAUUGGAAACUGUGCAAACAAUGUGACAUCCCAGUUCCAGAAAGAAUCAUUGAUAAUGAAGAAGUGUGCAUCACCUGAGGUACACCGGUGCUAACUUGUAGAAAAUUCACUGCCAGAAAAACUGAUAUUGUAGUCAAGGAGAAACUUUCAGACAAUGCCAGGAUAAUCAAGGUAUCAGUGCUAAAUAAUAUCACUGUGACUUGAAUAGCGACUGGAAGGAAAUGAAAAUAUGAGAUGAUACAAUCAGAAAUGUGGACUUAAAUGUGAAAAAAAAAAUCUGAAAAUCCCUCAGGGAUCUUUGGAUUCACAGGGCUUGAUAAAAAGAGCAUUUAAGCAGAUUUAGACAUCCUACAAAUUAAAGUUGCACCAUAUGUGCUCCAAAAGGAGGCACUGUUAGGAGCAAUGCAGGUUUUGCAGAGUACCCUAAUAUUGAACCUAAAAGAAUAAAAAAUAAUAUAUAGAGGGUGUCGUAACUUAAGAGAGAGAGGUUCAUGAUAAUAAUAGAGAGAAAAGUCAUUUUGUUGUGAGUAUGGGAAACGAUUCUGUCACAAUAACAGUCUUAAGAGCCACAAGCUUUCACAGAGGAAAGAAGAAAUGCAGUCUGAGAUGAGCCAGAUGUGAAAUAAAACCUCUGAGAUUGUGCCAGUGCUGGGAUGAACAGGAUUUAUCAAAAAAUAAAA